AUUUACUUUGGAAACUUUACUGUUGUCCGUCAGUUGUUUACAAAUUGUGGCGGAAAAGUUUCGUUUGAAUUUAUGAUUUUAGCUUGCUUUACUUAGAUCUAACAAAAUUUGAAGAAUCGAUAUGUUUCAAUUAGUAAAGAAAUCUAACAUCCGUGUAAAACGUGUAAAUUUACAAGUCAUUUUUGAAAAUAAAAUUACACCAAGCGAUUGUGCGAAUCUUUUGUCAAGUCUGAUAGAAUAUAUUUUAAUCCAAUUCCAACAGUUGCCGGGAUGUCCAAGGACAUUUUACGUACGGAACUCAAAUGUCUCCAGUAUCACAGAAGAUCAAAUUUGUAGUGUUUUUAUAAAUGAAGAGCACAGCCGAAAAGAGUUGCAUAAGCUGCUAAGUGAUUUCAACAUCUUGAAACAGACUCUGAAAGAGGAAAUAGAAGAUGGUAGUAUCACAGACUUGGAGCUGCACAUCGGAAGCGGUCCACCAUUCACCGACCAUCUGGUUCACGUUUCCGUGCCCCCUUUGAGUGAGAAGCUGGAUGGUGAACCAACAUUUAUAUCCAAGAAUAUGGGUAUUUUAUUUAAGAAAAUCUGCGAAUGUGAAGAAUUGCAGAAUGCUGUGGAUGAUGUUCGGCCAUCGAAAAUUGAUGUAUUCUUUGCAAAACAGUUGCACGCGAGAUCAAGGAAUUUUUUCCCAGUGAAACGCUUUGUAGAUUGCGCAUCCAAAUCACACAUAAACGUUGAGUUUUUAGUUCGUCCAGAAAUAGACACUGACAACCAGCCUCAGAGCAUCUCCGUCUCGCAGCAAGUCGACUGGUACAGAAUGCAAGGCAUUCGUGGGUUUGGAAUGGCCCACCUCUUUUCGAAUCAUUGAUUGGCUUGAUAUGAGCAAUCACCUUAAGAGGAUUGGAAAGGUUACAUCGUCCAUGAAUAAUGAGAAUAUAAAAACAAUUAAAUCUGAACGACUUGACAGAAUUUUAUGGGGUUGGUUAUGUUGGCUAAAUAUUUUCACAAAGAGACCAGAAUGUACAGAAAUAGUCAAUAGAGUAUAUAAAAAAAUUGCAAACUGUCUUUCGUAAAAUAAGGGCUGGAAACCAAAAAUAAACAAACCUGAAAAAAAAUUGGCUGUAUAAUUUGUUUAUUUUACUUUAAGAAAAACCAUUUGAAUUUUUUUUUUAAAACUAUACCUUGUAUUGACUAUUUCUAUACAUUCAGGUCUCCGCAGUGAAAAUAUCUAGCCAGACAAAACAAACCUCCAUGGAAUUCUGCCGAGUCAUUUAGAAUCGAUUAUUGUUUUUUUUCUUCUCAUCAUUCAUGCACGAUGCAACUUACUAUCCUCUUUAAUCACAGAUAUUUUAUUAUAUUUUUGUGUGCAAUUUCAUGAUUAAACAUUUUGAACUAUAAAUAUAUGUAAUUCAUAACUGGUAGUGCUAUCUAUGUGAAAAACGCAGAGACUGUCAACAGUACUCUCUACGCUGCAAGUUAAACAAGGAGAAAUGUGAUCAUGCUGGUUGCAAAUACAAAAUUCAAGACAUUCACAGCUGACUGUGUAGGUUACCUGUAUCAAUUUUCUGACAAAUGUGCAUGCACAUUCUCUUGUCCUAUUCUUUCAUUCAUAGAUCUCUCUCUGUUAUAUCACACAAAGAGGAGAAUGAAAAUGAGCCCAGCAAUGUAUAUAUAGGGUAGUGCUCUGACCUUGAAAUUUUACUCUCAUCGCACCACAAAGAAGUUUCACUUCAAAAAUACAAAACAUUAAAAAUAAGUUUGUUUAACAAGAUGUAUUGAUUUAAAGAAAUCAAAAUGAACCAUAACAUUAUUUAAUUUGAAAAAUUCUGAUGUGGUAUUUUUGAAAUAAAAGACGUCCUUGCUUA